UUCAUCCGAGCGGAUGAAAACAAACACUAACGAUGGCGGUGCCGGGAGGCCACCGGCUGCUGGGCUUAAGGCAGGAGUGAUCGCUUGAGCUGUGAGGGCACUCUUGAAGAGCGCCGGUCAAUGUGAGUGCGACAACUCGCGCAGUCCUAGGAGUGAAACACCCGGGCCCACGAGCCACGAGCCUCCUGAAGCGUGAGGUAUCUAUCUGCGACCCCUGCUGUCACUGCAGCUCCGGAGCGCAGAGCCCUCAGCCAGGAGGCGCAGCUGGCCGGCCCCAGGCCUCGGCCUCCGUAAUGAGAGCCCCGAGCCACUCUCUAUGUCGCAGCUUCGCAGUGGAACGACCUGUGGAAAGCUGCGAUCCAUUCUCAUUUAAUAAAUCUCUGGGAUUCUUCUGGCCUCUGUGAUCAAGCAGCACUUGGCUCUGCAGUUUUGAGCAGAGCACUGGGUUUCUACCAGCCUGUAAGAGUGAGGUACAACCUCCCCUUCUCCCGAUGCUUGUGCUCAUAUAUUUAUUAGAAGAACCUGACUUUGGGGUGCCUGACCGGCUCAAUUCCUAUAGGCAAUGGAAACUGAUCUCAAUUCCCAGGACAGAAAGGACCUGGACAAGUUUAUUAAAUUUUUUGCCCUCAAGACUGUCCAAGUGAUUGUCCAGGCUCGACUUGGCGAGAAGAUUUGUACUCGUUCGUCUUCAUCCCCAACGGGUUCAGAUUGGUUCAAUUUAGCAAUCAAAGACAUCCCAGAGGUUACACAUGAAGCAAAAAAGGCACUGGCCGGGCAGUUGCCUGCAGUCGGGAGAUCGAUGUGUGUGGAGAUCUCUCUCAAGACAUCUGAGGGAGAUUCUAUGGAACUAGAAAUUUGGUGUCUCGAAAUGAAUGAAAAGUGUGAUAAAGAGAUUAAAGUGUCCUACACGGUGUACAACAGACUGUCGCUGCUGCUGAAGUCCCUCCUUGCCAUAACUAGGGUGACACCAGCUUAUAGACUCUCCAGAAAACAGGGGCAUGAAUAUGUCAUAUUGUACAGGAUAUAUUUUGGGGAAGUUCAGCUGAAUGGCUUAGGAGAAGGUUUCCAGACAGUUCGUGUUGGGACAGUAGGCACCCCUGUGGGCACCAUCACUCUUUCUUGCGCUUACAGAAUUAACUUGGCAUUUAUGUCUACCAGGCAAUUUGAGAGGACCCCACCUAUCAUGGGGAUUAUCAUUGAUCACUUUGUGGACCGUCCCUACCCCAGCUCCUCACCCAUGCACCCCUGCAAUUACAGAACUGCUGGUGAGGACACUGGAGUAACAUAUCCUUCUGUGGAAGAUUCUCAAGAAGUGUGUACCACCUCUUUUUCCACCUCCCCUCCAUCUCAGUGUGUGUUUACUGUCACAAAGGCACAUUUUCAGACCCCUACUCCUGUGGUGACGGACACUCUGAGGGUCCCCAUGGCAGGACUGGCCUUUUCCCAUCAACUCUCAAGCUCUCGCCUUUCCUAUCAGCCUGCUGCCCUGGGCGUUGGAUCAGCUGACCUGGCUUACCCAGUAGUGUUUGCUGCUGGCCUAAACACCACACACCCUCACCAGCUCAUGGUUCCCGGGAAGGAAGGUGGGGUACCCCUUGCUCCCAACCAACCUGCUCACGGUGCCCAGGCUGACCAGGAGAGACUGGCAACCUACACCCCUUCUGACGGGGCCCACUGCGCUGUCACACCUUCCAGCAGCGAGGAUACUGAAACUGUAUCAAACAGCAGUGAGGGCCGGGCAUCCCCCCACGAUGUCUUGGAGACCAUCUUUGUCCGAAAAGUGGGGGCUUUUGUCAACAAGCCCAUCAACCAGGUGACCCUGACCAGUCUGGACAUACCCUUUGCCAUGUUUGCUCCCAAGAAUUUGGAGCUGGAGGAUGCUGAUCCCAUGGUGAAUCCUCCAGAUUCCCCAGAGACUGAAUCUCCUCUCCAGGGCAGCCUGCACUCUGAUGGCUCCAGUGGGGGCAGCAGUGGCAAUACCCAUGAUGACUUUGUUAUGAUCGACUUCAAACCGGCUUUUUCUAAAGACGACAUUCUUCCGAUGGACUUGGGGACCUUCUAUCGUGAAUUUCAGAAUCCUCCUCAGCUGAGCAGCCUCUCCAUAGAUAUCGGGGCACAGUCCAUGGCUGAGGACUUGGACUCACUACCAGAGAAGCUGGCUGUGCACGAGAAGAAUGUCCGAGAGUUUGAUGCCUUUGUAGAAACCCUGCAGUAAAAGUUGGUGUCCUCGAGUACCAGCAGCAUCCCCUUUCUGUGGUCCCACUCAUCAGCUGCUCCCCUCCCUCAUCUUGCUCCAGGUGGAGGAGAGGCUGGUGUCCCCCAUGGGGACCCGGAAGUCCCUGCUCUCACACCUCCUGGAGACUCUAUGGCAGCAGGCAAGCCCGGUGAUAGCAUUUGAGAGGACUCACCCCCUGGCCUUGGGGAUCAGAAGACCCUUUAGGAAUAAAAGGGCCCUCGGCAGGGCCAUCUGCUCACACCGCCCAUCAGCACCUGCUUCACAAAGGCUGUCAUCCUGUUCCUCCUGCCGGCCCCCUGCCCUGGGUCCGCCCUGCAGCUGGCCCUUUGCCGGCCUGCCGUUUACCACUUGACAUUCCAGCUGGUGGCCCGGACCUAGUGUGGAGGCAGAAAGAGGAAGGAGACAGUGCUGGGAGGAAGAAGGAGGGGCUCCUUCAGGCUCUUUUUUUUGUCCCUUUUGGUUUGCUGUCUUCUUCCCUCCCUCCCUCUCUCUGCCCCUGUGCCUGCACUUUUGGCAGUAUGACAGGCCUCUUGCCCAAGGUGGUGAGAACUGCAAAGUCAGCCAUUCCCACCAUCUCCACAGAGACCCUGAGCAGCCCUGGCUGCUGGCUGUGCUCAGCAGCUCAGCUCCAUUGAAAGAAACAGAAGCCUAGGUCUCCAGGGUUCUGUCAUUGGGAAUUGCGGCAAAGUUUCUUUUUCUCUCCUUCCUCCCCCUGUUGCUCUCCUUGGUUAUAAGACAUGAUAAAUAUUUAUUACUUUCAGAGAAAUCAGAUAUUUUAUAGAGAAAAUAUGUUUGAGGUUAGAUGUUUUCACUUAGGGAAGGUGGAGGGCCUCUUCCUGGGGUAUGGCCUCCUCUGUGGAGGCUCCUCAGAAUCUGGGUUGCUGCUCUGAGGAUCUUCCUUCCCAUAUACAUAAGGUGGGAUCCAAGAAUAGGGCUGGCUGAGGGUGAUGGAACCUCCCAGAAUCGCUGCACUUGAACUGACGACAGGCUUUACCUUAGUCUUCUGCGUAUUCCUGGUGAGAGCCUUGAAUCUCUCCCAGCUUCUGCAGAGUAACUGACUCCAUUCUGGCAGCGCAGGAAGUCUUGGGUGCUAAAUGCAUAUAACUCUGUGAGUACAGUUCUCCAGAGUUGUGUGCAGUGCACAUAUGAUGCAUUGUAUGUGCCCCACUGUGGCCCCAAGGAAGGCCAGAUGGGCCCCUCUUUCUGGAGGGACUUGUUCCUGUUUCUCAGGGCUAGGUUAUGGGCCUUUUCCUCUUUCUACCUGGGCCUGGCCACCACCUUUCUUUAAUCCCAGGGUCUGCACCCCGCCCUGAGGUUUACUAGCUGGAUUGGUUCCUUGUUGAGAAACCAAAGCUAGGCGGAUGAUUGACUUAACCAUUUAGGUAUUGUUACUUAAGUCAGUCAAGCACCUAGCCUCAUGUACCUGCCACCUGUCCCUCUCCCAGCCUGACUGGCAGUCCUGGCUGAGGCAAAACUCCUCCUGGCCCACCUGGGCUAUUCACUGGCAGCAGCUGUUCUGCAGUGGAGCAGGUGGUCCUCAAUGGCUUGUUAAUAAAUGCAUGUGACAUUGUUCCCACCUACAAGGCUGAAUGCUGGAGGGGGCUCUGAUACUGUUUCAGGUGGGCUGAGCCCCGCCCCUGUUGCAUGCGUUCUGCUGCCACAAAGAAAUGUUCCCAGCAGCGGUAUCCAACUGGCCCUCAUAUCUGGGCCAGAGUAUACCCAUGGCCUGCUAAACCAAUCCAGAUUUACCCCCGAGGCCCCAGUGCUGAGAAGGGUGAAGCCGUGGUAAAGCUGUUGAUUGCCCCUGCCCCCAUGUCUUACCACAGUAUCUCAGCCACUGGCCUCCUCCUGAGGAGGCCACGGGAAGGCCUGUUAGCCAUUGUCCUCUUUGACUCCUGAUUGUUGGCCUUUACAGGCAGCAGCCUUUCCUUUAGAACCCCAUCAGUGAGAGGCCAGGGAGGCUGAGCCCUGAGCUGAGCCUGGGAGGAGCAGAGCAACUGUCAAGGCUGGCCCUUGCCCCUCAGCCCCGUACACUGACAGGGAUGAGCCCUAGACUGACUCCAGUAGCACCCCGGGGACAGGAUUGGGGCCUGUCACCCGUCUUCAGGUGGCAGGGUCCCUCCCCCUCCUCCAGCCCACCUUGUUUGGAAAUACCGAGCUAUACUUUAAAAUGUAUUCAAGAGAUUUCCAAUAAAUUUUUUCUGUACUUUACA